AUAUUUUUUUAUUUACACAGAUCAUGCCUCCUCAAGUGGAUCCCGUGCCUAGCGGAGUAGUCUUCGAGUCCGACACGCAAACUUCAGACUUAGGGCUAGCGAAAGACGUGUCAGUAUUAAAAAACGCAAGUCCUAGGAAACACGAGUAUGUGUGGUUUAACAUAUUUUGGUUCCUGUAUCUACAUAUCGCGUCACUUUACGGAUUAUAUCUCGUCUUCACUUCGGCUAAAUGGCAAACUAAUGUUUUUGCAUUUGCCGUCCAUUUAAUGUGCGCCAUUGGUAUUGGUGCAGGAUCUCAUCGUCUCUGGACACACAGGUGUUUUAAGGCUCGCACUCCGCUACGCAUAGUCCUUAUGCUAUGGCAGACGAUGGGCUUUCAGGACUGCAUAUUCGAGUGGGCACGCGACCACCGCACUCACCACAAGUAUGCAGACACUGACGCCGACCCGCACAAUGCGGAGCGGGGGCUCUUCUUCUCACACAUGGGCUGGCUAUGCUGCAAAAAGAGCCCCGAAGUUAUCGAAGGAGGAAAACGAAUUGAUCUCACGGAUUUAUAUGCCGAUCCCGUCGUAAUGUUCCAGAAAAAGCACUACAUGAAAAUGAUGCCGCUCCUAUGUUUCGUGCUGCCAACUGUGAUACCAGUCUACUUCUGGGGCGAGACCUGGACGAAUGCUUUCUUCAUCCCCACCAUCUUGAGGUACACAUGCGGUAUCAACGUGGUAUGGAGCGUCAACAGCUUCGCACACACCUUCGGGUACAGGCCCUAUGACAAGUCACUGAACCCACGUGAAAACAUCGGAGUAUGGAUGAUCUGUGUUGAAGGCUUCCACAACUAUCACCACACCUUCCCAUGGGACUACCGAGCGACUGAACUUCCCCUGUAUAACAUGCUCACGCCGACGAUCGUGUUCAUCGACCUCAUGGCAAAGAUCGGACAAGCAUACGACUUGAAAUACGUGUCCCCUGAAAUUAUAAAGCAGCGUGCACACCGUACUGGGGACGGUACACACCACCUCUGGGGCUGGGACGACCCUGAAUUCACAGAGAAACUCAAAGAAAAAUAUGCUGCGGUCAGCCACAGUGAAGAAAAUAGGAAGACAGCUUAA